UCCUAUCCUCAUCAAGAAAACCAUUUAGCUUCCUCCACAUUCACAAAAGGCUCACAACUCACAGAUACAAAACCAUGAAGAACAUACUCGCUUGCAUAGUUACCAUCAUAGCCCUCUCGAACCUCGUUACAUCUUCUCGAGGAAGAAGGGCAUCGCAGUCAUUUGAAACGUUCGAGUACACAGCUAUUACUUGCAGAUCCCACAGCACCUCCAUAACAGAGUUCGGUGGCGUCGGAGACGGCAAGACGCUUAACACAAAGGCGUUCCAGAGCGCCGUCGAUCACCUCAGCCAAUACUCAUCAGACGGCGGAGCUCAGCUCUUUGUCCCCGCCGGAAAAUGGCUCACCGGAAGUUUCAACCUCACAAGCCAUUUCACUCUGUUUCUUCACAAAGACGCUAUUCUUCUCGCUGCUCAAGACUUGAACGAAUACCCAAUUCUAAAAGCUUUGCCUUCGUACGGAAGAGGACGUGACGCCGCCGGUGGAAGAUUCGCUAGUCUCAUCUUCGGAACUAAUCUCUCCGACGUAAUUAUCACCGGGAACAAUGGUACGAUCGACGGUCAAGGAUCGUUUUGGUGGCAAAAAUUCCACGGUGGCAAACUAAAAUACACUCGACCGUACCUGAUUGAGUUAAUGUUCUCAGAUACGAUUCAGAUCUCUAAUCUAACGUUCCUUGAUUCUCCAUCUUGGAACAUCCACCCGGUUUACAGUAGCAAUAUCAUCGUCAAAGGCGUUACGAUCAUCGCUCCGGUGAAAUCUCCGAACACCGACGGCAUCAAUCCAGAUUCAUGCACGAACACGAGGAUCGAAGACUGUUACAUAAUCUCCGGCGACGAUUGCAUCGCCGUGAAAAGCGGAUGGGACGAGUACGGGAUCUCGUUCGGGAUGCCGACGAAGCAUCUCGUGAUCCGUAGAUUGACUUGUAUUUCGCCUUACAGCGCCGCGAUCGCCCUCGGAAGCGAGAUGUCUGGCGGAAUUGAGGACGUGAGAGCGGAAGAGAUCACCGCGUACCAAACAGAGUCCGGCGUACGGAUCAAAACCGCCGUGGGAAGAGGAGCUUUCGUGAAGAACGUAUACGUAAAAGGGAUGAGUCUCCACACGAUGAAGUGGGUAUUUUGGAUGACGGGGAAUUACAAAGCUCACGCCGAUUCUCAUUACGAUCCCCACGCUCUACCGGAGAUAACCGGAAUCAAUUACAGAGACAUCGUUGCUGAGAAUGUUUCGAUGGCCGGGAGGUUAGAAGGAAUCUCCGGGGAUCCUUUCACUGGGAUUUGUAUCUCGAACGCUACGAUUUCUAUGGCGGCUAAGCAUAAGAAAGCGAUUUGGAUGUGUAGUGAUGUUGAAGGUGUUACGAGUGGUGUUGAUCCUAAGCCUUGUGAUUUGCUUGAUGGACAAGAAUCGGAGAAGAAGAAGAGGAUGUCCGACGGUGGAUGUGAUUUCCCGACUGAUGUCUUGGAGAUUGAUAAUGUUGAGCUUAAGACUUGUAAUUAUCAGAUGAGUUAGCUACUUAAGCUGUAAUCUUUUUUUUAACCUAAUUUCAGAUUUACUAUACUUCUCCUCUAUA